GCCUUUAUCACCGUUUCCUUAUUGCCACUGCCCGGGAGUAUGGCAUUGUGCUGUAAUGCAAUGCGAUCUGAACCAUGUUCUGUUAAAAAACAGCUAGAAAAGCAUAUGCCUUCUUCUCUGGACAGUAACCGCGGUAACUAGCACGAUGGCAUCUUUGGCCAAGUGAAAUCAGUUUUCUGCGUUACGCUGUAGUUUCCCUAAGAUAGGCUGUCUGCCAACGGCAAAAGCUGCAAUAACCUGCAAAACGCCAAUAAUCAAGCGGUAUCAAUUCAUCAUAAAGGACAUGCAACGAGGAACAACGUCGAGAGAAAGGCUGAAAUUAUGAAGCUCAGUGACCAUGUCUAAGGCUACAGUGAAGAAGCUGCACUGGCGCUCCAAGGUGCAGGAGAGUUUUGUCCCCCUGGGCGAGGCCACUGGAGAGCUGGGCCUGGCAGUCGGGGGCGGAGCCGACUACGGAGAGUUCCCAUUCGUCACUGCGGCUCCUGGGGGCGGGCCCACAGUGGGUGACGUAAUCCUCGAGAUUGGGGGAACCCCGGUGUUGGGAAUGACCCUGGGGGAUGUCAGGGGGGUCCUCAAUUCCUGCCCCCAUCCCAUUCGCAUCAAGACUGUCGCCCCAGGCUCCACCCUUUGCAAGGACCUGAGGCUCUACCUGAGUAAGUGCUUCACGCCGGGUUCCAUGGACAGCCAGCUGCAGCAGGUGAUCCGGGAGAACCUCUAUCUGCGGGCCGUGCCCUGUACCACCCGGCCUCCACGGGAUGGGGAGAUCUCUGGGGUGGACUACAACUUUGUCUCCAUCGAGGAGUUCUUCUCCUUGGAGGAGUCCGGAGCCCUCCUGGAGAGUGGAAAGUUUAAGGGAAACUACUAUGGGACCCCCCGGCCGGUCCACAUCGGCCCGGAAAGCCCCCCCAUUACCUAUCAGGAGCACCGCAACCUGCUCAGGAACUUCCGAACCCGGAGCAAGUCCUUAAGCAACCUGGAGAAGGCGGCCGAGGAAGGAGAGAAUAGCGAGGAGGACUCUGGCCUCUCAGGGGGCUCGGCAUGUGCCAGCAGUGCCCCUCCCCAGGCUUCCUCGCCCAGCCAAUCCCGAGACUCCAAUGGGGGUGAUGGCAGUGCCCUGGAGAACGGCGGGGGUGCCGCGGGCAGGCCUCGAGGGCUCCCGGAGAACUGGGAGAUGGCCUACAGUGAUUCAGGGGAGCCAUAUUACAUUGAUCACAAGUCCAGAACAACCAGCUGGCUGGAUCCUCGAGCCCAGAGUCGAGAGGUUCUCAGCAAGACGGAGUUGCCUCCCUUCACUGACCAGCCCAGCCAGUUAAAGGGCUACUCCGUCCACACGCGCCUGUCCAAGGGUCCUCGGGGAUUUGGCUUCAACAUCGUUGGCGGGAGCCGUUCCCGGGAGUUCCUGCAGGUGUACAGUGUCACACCGGGUGGCCCCCCUGCACUCAACACAGCGGACAUCCUGGUGUACAUCAACGACACCUGCGUUCUGGGAAUGUCCCACAAAGAGGUGGUGGAGAUGCUGAAGUCAGUGCCGGUGGGCGGCAGUGUGGACGUGGUGUUGCGGCGGGGAUACCCCAUGCUGUACAACCCGGACGGCUGCCCCAAGCAGCCGCAAACAUCCCCAGACGCAUGCGACUCCACCGGCCCUCCCCCCCCCGAAGCCGCAGCCUUGCCACGAGCUCUGCAGCAACAGCAGACACCGCAGCAGCCGCCACAUUUUAACCUCAACAGGAACAGGACGCACCUGGAUGGGAGUUUUCCCAGCAUGCAUCAGGGCAUGUCAGUGACAGGGCUGGAUGCCAAUGGGAACACAGCUAACUUCUUUCCACCAGCCCCGCCCUCGUAUACUAACGCUAACGGCCACCUCUCGGGCCCCCCGGGGUCCGGCAGGCUGCCCGGCUCGCUCAUGGGGGCCCCCCCACCCCCGCCACCGGAGCGCAUGUGCAGCAGUCAGAGCGACGGAGAGGGGACAGCGGCCGUCAGUGCGCACAGAUCAUCCCUGAUCCGCAGUCAUGAGCACAACUCUCUGCCAGGGCUGCCUUCCCUGAACACCCACACCCCCAAGUCCUCGGAGAGCGACCUCUCCACGGUCACGCUGCCCAUUUCCAGACUUCCGCUCCCGCAGCCUGAGAUCGGCCCCGGCCCCGGCCCUGGGGGGCUCCUGCAUAGACCCCUGCUUUCCCUCAGCUCCCUCCCACUACCGUCCCCAGCCAGCGUCCAGCCCUGCAUCUUCAACGGCUGCCCAGACCCCAGCCCAGGGAGCGGGAGCAGCCCAAGUACCCUGCCGUCGCCGGGGGCGAUGGGGGUCAGCGGCGAGCUGGUGCCGGUGGCCGUGGGGAAGAGCGAGGUCGGGGGCAUGGGCUUCAGCGUGACGGCAGGGGGCCAGGGGGGCCGGCUGGCCGUGGUGAAGAGGGUGUGGGACCGGCGGCAGUGCCCCUCGCUGCAGGCAGGGGACGCCAUCAUCAAGAUCAACGGCGCCGACGUGCAGAGCCUCAGCUUCGCUCAGGUGCAGAGAGUCUUACAGGAGCACACAAAACAGGGGGAAGUGAUUUUGCUGGUUUACAGAGGAGGCUCAGUGCGUUCUCCUCUAUCGCCUAAUUCCUCCAGGAAGAUUCCUCCCACCCCUCUGGCAGUUACCCCGCUCAGCCCCUCUCCUCCUCUUGACACCAUGCCGGUGCCCCAGACCACUCUCACGCCUCCCUCCCCCUCCCCAGACGUCCCCUCUCUGGUGCAGAGCACCAGUUUCUUGGACUCUGUACCCGUAACUCUAACCCUGGAGCCGAAGGAUUGGCUGCGCGUGGAGGAGGGCGGCACUCAGGCCACGAAGGGGGCCUCAGGGGCCAGGGGCCCCGAGGAGGGGAGGAUCGCUGUAGAGGUGGAGUUGCGGAGGAGCUCUGGAGAAGGCUUUGGGUUUGUCAUCGCCUCCCAUGACAGGCAUCUCAACGGCAACGCCUCCUCUCUGCUGCCUCACCGAUUUGUGACGGUGCGGAGAGGCAGCCCCGCGGCCCGCAGUGGCCAGAUCCGGCCCGGGGACCAGCUGGAGGCGGUGGACGGCCGCUCAGUGGUGGGCCUGCCCCACCGAGAUCUCGCCCAGAUCCUGCGGCGCGCUGGCAACACGCUGCGCCUCACCAUCAUCCCGCGCACCAGCAACAAUGCCCCAGAGCCCACAGAAUUUGACACAGAUUACAGGACAAGAAAAACCCAGAGAGCACCGCCUAAGCUGGACUCCAGGUACUACAGUGUGGAUCUGGAGAGGGGUCCCACAGGCUUUGGGUUCAGCCUGCGUGGGGGCAGCGAGUACAACAUGGGCCUGUAUGUGCUGGGGCUCAUGGAGGGAGGACCUGCGUCCCGCAGCCAUAAGAUGCAGGUGAGCGACCAGCUGGUGGAGAUCAAUGGCAGCAGCACGGCGGGCAUGACCCACAGCCAGGCCGUGGAACAGAUCCGGCGAGGAGGGCACCGCAUCCACCUGGUCCUGAAGAAGGGGGACGGAUACGUGCCCGACUAUGGCCGUAAACCCAGAGCAGCCUCCCCGUCCUCCUCACUUUACCGGGAGGACCCGGGAGUGACUGCCGUUGAGGACCCUGACACUCUUCUCAGGUGGGGUCAAAGGUCGAAGGCAGACAAGAGGGGGGGAGUGAGGAAGGGACAACACAAAAAAAGUGGGAGCCAGGGAAGAAGGAGAGGUGAAAAGGGAGGGAAGAGGACACCCGACAGUGAUCUGGAGGAGAGGAGUGAAAGGCUAGGUCACCUUCGGGGUCAGAGGUCACAGUCUUUGGGGAACAGAGGAAAGGAGAAGGGUGCCCAUAGUUCUCCUCAGGAUGAGUUGGGCAACUGGGGAGGCAGCAAGGAUGAGGAGGUUAUGGAGGGAGCAGGGGACAGAGGGAAGGUGAAGGAAAAGAAGAGGGAGAGGGGGCGACAGGCUGUGGGCGAGGAGAGGGACGACAGGAAGGAGAAAACUAGCACGGGGGAGUUGAAAGAGAGAAAAGCACACCUCCCCUCGGUGAGCGGGAGACUACCCCAGCCCAGAGCAGAGAGGAGCGGAGGGGAUGACAGCAGGGAGCGUCCGCAGCCCUCGGCCGAGACGAAGGGCGACGCCACGCCUGAUACAGCUCCCUUCUCCUUCCUCAUGUCUAUGGACAGAGACACCGAGUCUGAGUCAGGGGCCAGUCUGUCCGGGACCAGCGUUUCCGGGGCGAGUAUAUCGGGGUUCUCUCUCUCAGACACCAUGGUGCCAAGAGAGCCAGCCACCCCCUGGGGCCCCCAGCCCUCCCCCGGCUCCCUGUCCCCCGGCCCCUGGCUCCGACCAAGUCAGCAUAAGCUCUCUCAGAUACUGACGAGCAGCAGGCUGGAAAGAGGGGAUGGAGGACUGUGAUGCUGACGGGCAGCAGGCUGGAAAGAGGGGAUGGAGGACUCUGAUGCUGACGGGCAGCAGGCUGGAAAGAGGGGAUGGAGGACUCUGAUGCUGACGGGCAGCAGGCUGGAAAGAGGGGAUGGAGGACUGUGAUGCUGACGGGCAGCAGGCUGGAAAGAGGGGAUGGAGGACUCUGAUGCUGACGGGCAGCAGGCUGGAAAGAGGGGAUGGAGGACUGUGAUGCUGACGGGCAGCAGGCUGGAAAGAGGGGAUGGAGGACUGUGAUGCUGACGGGCAGCAGGCUGGAAAGAGGGGAUGGAGGACUGUGAUGCUGACGGGCAGCAGGCUGGCAGAGCAGACAUCCAGGCAGCAGACGGAGACAGAGUGGGACACACGCGAGUCCUCCGUGUAUCCGACCUGUCAUGAUUACGCCUUUUUCCAUUUUCACACCGAUCCUCUUGCACGACUGAUUUACCACCAGUUAAACUGACUCCUAGUGCCAUCUAGAGGACACUAAAUCACAUAGCAGAAGAUGGAGCGCAGUUUUCCUUUGGUUGCACCAGCAAUGCUACCCGCUAGUGUUAGAGCCCCACUUGAUAUGUUUGUUCCUAUUUUAACCCUGGCUUUCUAUCUUUUUAUAUUGAGAUUUAUUUACAUUUAAAGCUGGACAUGUAAAGAACUCUGGGACCAAUUUAGAAACCCCUCCAGUCACCAGACCCUACAGCAAAUAGAAGCUUUUCUUUUAACAAUUGAGGUCUGCCCUGUAACACAUGGUGUAGAGUGGAUGCAGUCUUCAUUAAUGGUCGGGGCAGGAGUCAAGUAAAGGUCAGUGUUGAGUUGCCGUUCUGGAAAGUAGCGUGAAAAGUAUGUUCUACCAACAAGGGAUAAAUCGGUCUCUCACUUCGCCUUGUGCCUUUUUCUUCCUGAAACUAAAGUUCAACCAAAAAGUAUUUAUACUGCACAAAAUCACACCUCUGCAGACACCUCCAUCAGAUCACUGUUGGCCAUCGUCACCCUGAUGUCCGAAGAGAAAUUAAAUUUUAUUUAUUGCUAAAGAAAAUGCAAGUAAUAUGAAGUGCCUCAUUCUUAUUUUCAAGCAGGCAGUGGCGUCUGUAUAAGAUAACUGCAGGUGUCUUCAGCGUAGAAUAUCAUUGUCCCAUUGUCCGUUCCAUGCGUGCAGCCGUGAGUCGCAGCGACUUCACAUCAUAUUGAAUGUGCACACAUUUCUUCUUUUCACAUUUAAACAUCACGUUGCUAUUUUCUUAAGAUUUAUCGACUUGCCUAUACGUUUGUAUUAUUGGUUCUGUUGUAUAAACACUUCCAUUUAUUUCAUAACAUGUAAAAUGACCACGGUAUUAAGAUGCCAAUAUCAGUCACUAAAUGUCUUCCUUCUGCCCUUUCCUUUUUGGCCCAGUCUUUUCUCCCCUAAAUCACAUUGUUCGACUCGAGCUUUUUUUGUAUUCAGAGGAUAACAGAGCAUUUUUGGCUGGUCUUCUAUGCAUUUUUGAGGAUUCGCUGGUUUUGAUUUCUGGUUGCGUUUUGAUGAAGGAUGAAAUGCAGACCCUCCCUAUCGGGCAGAGUAACAGAGUGCUGGGUAAAUACAAAUGAGAAGGUGUUGUACUGUACAUGAAUAUGCAUCCCGUGUAUUACCUCACUCCUACGAGCAAUAAGAAGCCAUUAACCACCACUAGGAUGUGUGCACUCCAUGUAAGCCCUCUCUGCUCGUUAAUAUGGAUCAGUGGUUAAUUUCCUAGUGAGCGCCAUUGUUCUGGAAGUUGGUAUGUGCGUAUUUUUAAUCUGAACAUUUGUGUAAAACUGUAAAGGGAAAUGGGCUCAUCCGAUUUUUAUACUGUUGGCGAAAAAAAAAAAGUUGUUCAGGGAUUCAUACAAAUACCAGUAGAUGCCAUGCUUUCCAGAUCUCUGUUUCUAAUCAUUUGCUCGACAGAGGGAUCGGCCCAAGGCUACUUAUAAACCCAGAGGUCUACACGCUUCCCAUUUACAGUAAAGAGCCAGAAAUUUGCUGAAUCAGUUCAAACUAAGUCUCCUGUUUAAGGUUCCAGUAGUAGGAACGAUCCUGGGAAAUGACUGGGCAGCCUUUGGUCACUAAUACACUUAGUCAAGCAUGACCCCGCCUUCAAGCUGACACUGUGGUGGCAGAGUGGAGGUCACUUGUAUUUAUGAUGUGUUGACGGUCACAUCAUUUCAGGACCUGCAUGUAAUGGAAGGAUUUACUCUUUCUGGCACCAUUAGAUUUCAUUUUCCUGUCGAUGUGACCUGCACAUUCUCAGACUUGAUCUAAUAAUAUGUUUAAACGACAACAGGAAAAAAACGACGGCAACGCUUUACUCAAGGGGGCGCAAGCAACUUAGUAACUCAGUUACUACUCAAGUACCAAUCAUGAACAAAUCUAGGAAAUGCAUGAAAUUCAUGAACUAUUAUGAUUGAUUAAUGAUGAAGAAGCAAUGGGAUCAAAACAUAAAUAACAUUUAGUUUCUGGUUAAUUAAUACAUUAAGUAAGAGUGUACUACUACAUUAUUUAUGCCCUUCAAGUAAAGUGUUACCAAAACUACUGUGUCUUACAGAAAUGCAGCAGUAGAGCUGCUCCGGAGGAGUGUCACUUUCAGUAACAAGGUUUUUUGUGUGAACUCUCAUUCUCACAGCAAAACUGGCAGUGUGCUCUACAAUAUAUUAUCACUGCCGGUCUUGCUGUGACAGGAAUUUGCAGCGGAUGGUCACUAGUGUAACAUCAGAUUCAUGCUGGAUAAUUGUCUCUGUGCUCUAGCCAACCUGUUAACAGUGGAUGCAGUUCAUAGAAAUGGCACAGUGCUAGUUCAGGAACAAACUCAUCAACCAGAUGUGCCCAGAAUAGUGAGACAAAAUACAAGCACUGCACAAUGGGGCAUGUGAGGAACGGUGAUGUUUGCAAAAGGUGUAUUUCUCUGGUUCCUCAAAUGUCCUGCUCAAGCACUUUGCACAAUACAGUGCGCGCGCACACGCAUGCACACACACACACAAACACACAUCCCGAUUAACAUUGCUGUCGCAUAUUGUAAUGUUGCACGGUGCAGCCCGUCGCCGAUCUGGCCCGUAAGUUGCACACUUGGAGCGUCAAACCCACGUCAGUGUUUAGGUGCAUGCAGAUCAGCCUGUGUCUUGUUCAUGUACAUACCCUGGCUUUGAUAUUCAUUUAGAUAUUAUUGCAGCCAAAAAAAACAUGCAUUGAAAGUAGCCUUGCGUUAGUUCUCUGCAGCUUCGCAUAUACACAGUAUAUAUGUAUAUAUAUAUAUAUACCUCAUGCUACCUGUCUCACAGACCCUAUGAGUGGAAUGGAGAGCUGCUAAAGGUUUGCCUGCCUGACGUGAAAAGCUGCUGAUGGAACUCCUCGUAGCUGUGGAACCCCUGCUUAGCAGGAGUGUCCCUUUAGCCCCAAAGCACUAGUGGAAUGACAUGCAUGCUUCCAAAGCCCAUAUUCAUGGCUGGGCCGGUUCAGGCCUCAGCGGCUCUGCCCCGCUAUCGUUAAAGCUGGAAAUAGAGCCUGACUUUAAUGACACCCAACCGUAGUUUAAGGUUCCGGCUACAACUAGUCACUGUUCUCCUCUGUCUGCUGACUAAUAAUAAGAAUGAUUAUUAUUAGUUAAUGCUAUUCACUGUGAACAAAUUUCUCUCCUGUUAUGAAUUUUAUGGGGGGGAAAAAAUGACGUCAAAACUAACACCUAAUAUUUUAAUCACAUACUAAUGCCCUGAAAGUAUUGAAAUCUGUUUAUUGCUUGGCAAGCCAAGCAGAAAGCUAAUGAAAAAUCACACCUGAGUUUUUAAGAAAGAAUGCACUCUCACUUGGUAUUAAGAAGUGACGCGCCAACUUUGCACGCAGGUUUAAUUGCGUUCGGCUCAUAAGUGAAGAGAGUUAUGCGACUGUUACGUUUCCCAGCAGAGAAUUGGGGAAUUCUCUCCUCUAGAGUUAUUUCUGUACAGGUUUGACCUUGUAUUUGAGCCGGUGGUCACAUUGACAUUGGUGUCUAUGGCUGUAUGUAUAUAUAAAUAUCACUAUAAAUACAGGUGUACAGUUUUGUUCUAGGAGUAAACUUGUUAUAUUAUUAUUGUUAUGUUUCUGAAUGCAUAAACAGGGAAUUUUGAAAACUGACAAGAUAAAUGCAAUUGCUGAAAUAAAAUAGUUAAAAACA